AUGCGUGGAGCCGGAGCGGGUCUAUCAUUCGUUUCCAAAGAUUCGGGUCAUAAGUCAUCUUCUCAUGACCCAUCUACUCAUGACCCACCUACUCAUGACCCAUCUACUCAUGACCCAUCUACCCAUGAUCCACCUACUCAUGGCCCAUCUACUCAUGACCCAUCUACUCAUGACCCAUCUACUCAUGACCCACCUACUCAUGACCCACCUACUCAUGACCCAUCUACUCAUGACCCAUCUACCCAUGAUCCACCUACUCAUGACCCAUCUACUCAUGACCCAUCUACUCAUGACCCAUCUACUCAUGACCCAUCUACUCAUGACCCAUUUACCCAUGAUCCACCUACUCAUGACCCAUCUACUCAUGACCCAUCUACCCAUGAUCCACCUACUCAUGGCCCAUCUACUCAUGACCCAUCUAUUCAUGAUCCAUCUACUCAUGACCCAUCUACUCAUCUGCUCAUGACCUACCCGCCCAUGAACCAACUGUUCAUGAUCCGCAAGAAGCCAAUUUAA